AUGGCCGAACCAGGUGCGCAGACUCCGCCCGCUGGCGGGACAUCCUCAGGGUCUGGGAAACGCCCAAGGCCUCCGAAUCCUGUAUGGAGAAUGAUGGGCCUGCCAAACUUUCGCUUCAGGCUACCAUCGCGCAAUUGGAUGAUAUUUCUUUCUAUUACUGGAUCGUGGACUGCGGCGGUAACGUACGAUCGCCGACAGAAAAGGCGCAUACAAAAGAAAUGGGCAACCGUGGUGGAACAUAUUGCACAUGAGCCACUCGAUGUACAUCAGCUACCCCGAAAGCUCACUGUAUAUCUAUCUGCACCGCCAAUGGAUGGCUUGGUAUCUGUGCGCGAUCACUUUCACGAAUAUGUUAAGCCUAUUCUUGUCGCAGCAGCGAUGGACUGGGAUGCGGUCGAGGGUCGAAGAGAAGGGGACGUCAGAGCAGGUUUAGCAGAGCGGAUACGAAAGUUGAGGAAGAAGAGAGGAGAGCCAACUGCUGAGCCGAUAGAACCAGGCCUUGCGGAGGAGCUGGAAGGCUUAAGGCAAAGAGCAGGAGUAAGUGAGUGGCCUGGUCCAGGAGGAGAUAUUGUUAUUGGACGACACACAUGGAAAGAAUAUGUGCGGGGACUGCAUGAGGGCUGGUUGGGUCCAUUGGGCCCUCCGCCAACGCCAGAGCCGUUGAUAGAGGCAAAGCCAGUGGAAAACACUACCACCGUACCUACUACAACCGACGACGCAUCCCCCACAGCAACCACCAACCCCAAAAAACCAGAAGAGGCGGGAAAGCCAAAAGAGGAAGAGAAGAAAACGAAGAAGAAGCAACCUCCGCCUUUUAUUACGACAGCUGAAUAUCAGAACGCGACGCUCUCUCCAAACUGCCCACAGGCCCUCGGUCCUGCUGCCGUCAUUCCUUUCCCCCACCUUCUCGGCUUCUUUAAUUUCCCAAUCCGAAUGUACCGCUUCUUGAAUCAGCGAAAGGUAGCGGAAGCCGCUGGUAGAGAGACUGCAGCCGCAGUCCUGGGUGCGUAUCGACCUUUCGAGUCUUCAGGUGAGGGCAUCGACAGGGAGCCAGAACAAAAACAAAUACUUGCACAUGAAGAGCCAGACUGGCACAAGAGCGCGAAGAAGCGGGAAGAAGGAGAGACAAAAGAGAGGGUCUUAUUAGAGGACAUGGUGCUAGAUCCGCGGAUCACAGAACGCAUGAGGCGCUUCGCGCUGGACGCUGAGGUUGAAGAGCGUGCAAAGAGCAUUUCUGUGCCAGCAGGAUCAUCUUGGUUCAGUUCUCUCUGGCCAAAAGAGAAGCCCAAAGCCGCUUGGGAAGGAUUGAGUGACGACUAA